CCCAUAAAGCUAUAAAUAACAAAGUCCUCUUUCUCUUUCUCUCUCAUCGACCAAACAAAUACGAGUUGAGCCGGAGAGACAGAGAAAUGGAUUCCGAGGGCGCAAUGUUGAUGCACGACGCCGAGUCCUUAGACGAUGACUUUUACAGCGGCGACGACUCCGAUGACGCCGACGUAAUCAUGUAUUACGACUUCAUGGAUAAUGACUCCGAUGAUUCCGAUGAGCUUCCCUCCCACCACCGCUUUCAGCCAAACUAUACCGUUUUGACUGAAGCCGAUAUAUGUCAGCGUCAAGAGGAAAAUAUCACACAGAUAUCUACGGUGCUUUCAAUAUCAAGAAUUGAUGCUAGUAUUCUGCUGCGCCACUAUAAUUGGAGUGUUAGUAAAGUGAACGAUGAGUGGUUUGCAGAUGAAGAAAGGGUCCGGAGGAUUGUUGGAUUGUUGGAGGAUCCUAUCCCACUUCCUGAUGCCAAAGAGCUGACUUGUGGGAUCUGCUUUGAGACAUAUCCUUCUGAUAGGAUGAGUUCUGCUGCCUGUGGUCAUCCUUUCUGUGUUGAGUGUUGGCAAGGAUAUAUGAAUACUUCAAUAAAUGAUGGUCCUGGUUGUUUGAUGUUGCGAUGUCCUGAUCCAUCUUGUUGUGCUGCUGUUGGUCAAGAUAUGAUAAAUUUAUUGGCUUUAAGGGAGGAUAAAGAGAAAUAUAAACGCUACUUCCUUAGAUCCUUCAUUGAAGACAACAGGAAGACCAAAUGGUGUCCAGCACCAGGAUGUGAGUACGCUGUGGAUUUCAUUGUUGGCAGUGGAAGCUAUGAUGUGACAUGCGGCUGUUCAUAUAGUUUCUGUUGGAAUUGCACUGAGGAAGCUCACCGUCCCGUUGAUUGUGGAACUGUAGCCAGAUGGAUUUUGAAGAAUAGCGCCGAGUCUGAAAAUAUGAACUGGAUAUUAGCUAAUUCAAAGCCUUGUCCAAAGUGCAAGCGACCAAUUGAGAAGAAUCAAGGCUGCAUGCAUAUCACAUGUACUCCACCAUGUAAAUAUGAGUUUUGCUGGCUUUGUCUAGGUGCAUGGUCAGAUCACGGUGAAAGAACUGGUGGUUUUUAUGCAUGCAACCGUUAUGAGGCAGCCAAGCAAGAGGGUGUGUAUGAUGACGCUGAAAAGCGAAGGGAAAUGGCUAAGAACUCCUUAGAACGAUACACUCAUUACUAUGAAAGAUGGGCCACCAACCAAUUGUCUAGGCAAAAAGCUCUUGCAGAUCUACACCAGAUGCAAGCUGUUCAACUUGAGAAGCUAAGUGACAAACAGUGUCAACCAGAGUCACAGCUCAAGUUUAUUAUAGAGGCCUGGCUACAGAUAGUGGAAUGUAGGCGGGUGCUGAAAUGGACCUAUGCUUAUGGAUAUUAUUUACCGGAGUAUGAACAUGCCAAAAGACAGUUCUUUGAGUACUUACAAGGUGAAGCUGAGGCAGGAUUGGAAAGACUUCAUCAAUGUGCUGAGAAGGAACUACAAGGGUACUUUGAAGCUGAGGGUCCGUCAAAAGAAUUCAAUGAGUUCCGCACAAAGCUUGCAGGACUUACCAGCGUUACAAGGAAUUACUUUGAGAAUUUGGUCCGAGCUUUAGAAAAUGGUCUUGCAGAUGUUGACUCUCAUGGAGCUUGCAGCCGAGCAGCUAGCUCAAAAAGUUUGGGAAGUGGGAGCAUUAAACUUAAGGGAAUUAGAGGGAAGGGAAUCGGGUCCAGGUCAAGUAGUAAUUCUAGAAAUAUUGAUGAUUCAGGACACUGGUCAUGUGACUACUGCACAUUUGCCAAUGUCAAGUCAGCUACCGUGUGCCAAAUGUGCCAGCAAUGCCGUUGAGCUGAUUUUUCAGAGUGGCUAUUGGAUAAGAAAUAUCUGGGGUUGGGUAACAUGGCUGGUGGUGAAAAGUGGAGCCAUGUUGGCGGAAGCUAAUACUCCGCCUUCCCAACUGGCUAAUGUGCUGACCAUGAAGCACCAGUUUGGGGUAGAAAAUGAGAGAGAGGAAACCCUCUAUAUGGAAGGGCUUUGGUUUCAUCGAUUACAAUUGUAAAUAAUUUGUUGUCUUGUGAAGUCUUGUAACGUCUUAGCAAGGUCAGCAGGCACAAAUUGACCUUGUGCUCUUUGAUUCUAUUGCUAGGGGGAUAGCCUGUUGUAUGUUUGUAUGGACUGUAAAUUGCUGCAAUUACCGGCGGCAGUAAGCCCUUCGAUUUCAACUUUCCAUAUUUGGGCCCCGGAGGACUCCCAAGUGUUCUCAUGUGUGUCAUUCAAGAUCUCCUUUGUUUUCUACAUCUAUUGAAGCACUUUUGGCUACAAACAAACUGUAUUCCUCUUGAUGAAAGUUACAAUAUACUUUUUGAGUUUGGUCGAA